AUGACCUUUAAGCCCGGCGAGCUGCUCUUCACUGGCCCCGACUGCACCAAGACAGGGCGCAUCCUUGAAGUGACAUCCACCGAGUUUCACGAGGCCAGCUGGGCCUUCUUUCAGGGAUCCGGCUUCGCGCUGGUCGAGAAACUGUGGUGCUGGUUCCGCGUCGACCAGGUCGCCGACGUUGCGUGGGACGCCGAAGCCGCCUUUGACCAGCUGAUGGAGCAGGACGAUGAGGCCAACGGCGACAGUGACGGCUCCGACGACCUGAUUCGGGGCAAGCGCAAGCGCUGCGUGCUCCUCUCAUACGGCCCGCCGGGCAUCGGCAAGACAUUUACGGUGCAGAGCAUCGCCGAGGUGGCCAAGAGGCCGCUGUACAGGUGUCGGGGGAGCUGGGAACCGACAUGGAGACGGUGGAGCGGCACUUGA